UCUUCUGCUCUUGGCCUCUUCUCGUUCAGGUCAUUUUGAAAGGAACAAGAUCUUUGUUUUGGCAAAAACCUGUCAAUCUAGUAACAGCAGAUUUUACACUUCUUACAGCAGUAGCAUUGUGACUUCUCUGACAAUUACAGCCAUGGUGAUCUACACAGUAACGGUGCACACAGGAAAGAGGCUCUUGGCAGGUACCACUAGCCUUAUCUACAUCCAGCUGCGUGGUAGUGAGGCUGAGAGUGAGGAACAGAAUCUAAAUCGCCUUCAGGGGUUUUUGCAAGGAUCGGAGCGAGAAAUUAAGAUAGACUGUAAGGCAUCGCUGGGAGAGCUUAUAUCUGUCAAGCUCUUCUCCAAGCCGCUUAUGGGUCUUCUUUACAACCAGUGGUUCUGCGAUAAGAUCUUGGUCAACACGCCAGAAGGCAACAAGAUUUUGUUUCCGUGCUAUUGCUGGCUUGACUGUAACGAAAAGCUCAUUUUAAGACCUGCUAAAGCUUCACUUGUGUUCCAGGACACCAACCCAAUAGCCCAAAGUCUAAGGACGAAGCAGCUAGAAGAGCAACAAAAGUUAUUUAGGUGGCAUGUGUAUGCUGAGGGCACACCCCAGGUUAUCGAUUGCGACACUGUCUUUGCUCUGCCAGCUGAAGUCCGAUUCUCUUUCACAAAGGAAUCUGAGUUUUACUCCACUUCUAGAAAGCAGUUAAUUGCUCUGAAGCUAACUGGAUUAGCUGACAGCAGAAAAUCGUGGGAAAGCAUCAGCCAACUGGAACUAAUUAUUUGUGAAAACAGAGCGAAAACCUUUGAAUACGUUCAGAAGCACUGGGAUGAGGACAAGUUCUUUGGUUACCAGUUUCUGAAUGGCCUCAAUCCCAUGAUGAUCCAGCGCUGCUCAAAGCUGCCCGCGAAUUUCCUCGUCACAGACGACAUGGUCAAAGACUCCCUAAAAGGGAGCAGCUUGGAGCAGGAGAUGAAGAAAGGGAACGUCUUCCUGUCUGACUAUAACAUGUUGGAUGGACUGGUGGGAAAUGUAGUCAAUGGCAGGAAGCAGUAUCUCACAGCUCCCCUGGUCCUGCUGUACUGUAACCCUCAUGGCAUGAUGCUGCCCAUCGCCAUUCAGUUAAAGCAAAAGCCCAGCAAAGACAAUCCCAUCUUCCUCCCAACGGAUUCAAAGACCGACUGGAAACUGGCCAAGAUCUUUGUCCGAAAUGCAGAGUUUGGCGUUCACGCGGUCGACUUUCACCUGCUGAGAGGUCACCUGCUGGCAGAAGUGUUCACCGUGGCGACGUUGCGCAAUCUUCCCUCUCCACACCCUCUCUACAAGCUCCUCUUUCCUCAUAUGCGAUACACGCUCCAGAUCAACAUCAUGGCACGGAAUGACCUGAUAUCCAAGGAUGGGUCCAUUAACAAGUUUGCAGGAGUAGGUGGAGACUCAUUGGUAAAGUUGCUGAAGCGUGCUACUGCCUCCCUGACCUACAGCAUCCUCUGUCUUCCUGAUAACAUCUCUGAGAGAGGCCUGGAGAAUGUUCCCCACUACUACUACAGAGAUGAUGGGAUGAAACUGUGGAAUAUCAUCAAGAAGUUUGUUGCGGCUAUAUUGUCACACUACUAUCAAAGUGAUGCACACGUGCAGAAGGACACAGAGCUUCAGCGUUGGAUCAGUGAGAUAUUCACCCAUGGCUUCCUGGGAAGAGACAACUCAGGAAUACCAUCAUCUUUUCAGACUGUGACAGAGCUUGUCAAGUUUGUCACCAUGGUGAUCUUCACUGCCUCAGCUCAACAUGCUGCUGUAAACAAUGGACAGUUUGAAUUUGGCGGCUGGAUGCCUAACAACCCCACUGCCCUCAGAAUGCCCCCUCCCGAGGUGAAAGGCCAGACCACUGAGAACAUGAUCCUGGAGACCCUUCCUGAUGUGAGCACGACGGUGAACGGGAUGGCUGUCCUGAGACUGCUGAGCAAGGUUUCUACAGACCAUUACCCUCUGGGACAUUUCCCUGAAAACCUGUAUGAUGAAGACAUCCCCUGCAAGGUCAUUAAAGAUUUUCAAAAGGAUCUGAGGGAGUUGUCAGAUCUCAUCGAGGAGCGGAACAAGAAGUUGGAGCUUCCCUACGUCUAUCUGAACCCCAAAAAUGUGGACAACAGUGUAGCCAUGUGAAAGGAUACAGUAGUCCUUCUUAAUAUGUUUGUCUUUCUAUUAAUAGCUUUGUCAAUAAAAGUAAAGACCAAAGCAAAAAUAACUCGGUGAGAUCAUGGAUAUUGCCUUUCAGGGAAAAUAAUGUGAAAGUCACGGUUUGCAUUUUUUUUUUUUUUUUUUUUUUUUUCUUCAAGUUGUGGGUUUUGAGAUACAAAUUUUUACAACUGUGCUGCCAUCUAGUGAAAUAAAUCAAUACAAUCCAUUGUAUAAAAAUGUAUAUAUUUUUUUCAAGCUCAAACACAACUAUUCACAUGGUUACUGUAAACUCUGUCAUAUAUUACACACUAGUGUGGAAAACUAAAACAAUCCCAUCUUUGCCGCUUGUGCCUUUGUGUUACAGUGCAAAAUACAGUAUGAUGCAAUAUUUGUUGUUUGCUGGUUUCUAGACCAAGUCAUUUUUUGUAAUAAGCAAGCACUUCUCUCUCUUUCUCUCUCUCUCUCUCUCUCUCUCUCUCUCUCUCUCUCUCUCUCUCUCUCUGUGUGUGCUUGUUUUAAUUAUGAGGACACAAAUGUGUAUAAUUAUGGAGGACCAAAUUACUCAAAAUGAAAUAAUUAAUGAAUUCAAUAAAACAAUUAAAUGUACCAGUUUAUUCUGAAAUAACUAAAUAAUUAAUUAAUUGAUUUCAUAAUUAAUUAAUUGAUUUCAUAAUUAACUAAUUAAUUAAUUAUUAAUUCAAUAAUUAAAUAAAAUGUAUCUAUUUAUUUUGUAAAAUUACAUUGAAAACACUUAUUUAUUGUUUACUAUAUUUCACAAUUACCUCUUCCACACACACUUUUGUUGUUUAAAAAUCUAUUUUUUCAUUAUUAAAUGUUCUUUUUCAAAAAGCCGUUUUUCAUAAUAAUAUGCUGCAUUUACGAAUGACGCCUGUUUGACGAAUCAUGCAUUUCCAAAGCACGAUUUUCCCAAAGAUUUUUUUCAUAAUAAUAGAGGACAUUUCACAAAUGCCAAUCAACAGACAGUGGGCGGUGCUUGGCGCUGAUUGGUUUGAAGUUGAAGAGUCGACAGACAUGACAAAUCGAUCUUUGUGUGGUGUGGUGACAUCACGGAACACCAAGGGUGCUUCUCAUUUCUUAUUUGUGCCUGAAAAUGUAUUUUGACUCUAUUGAAUUUUCUAAAAACCUGAAAACUAUGAGAACUGUGGCUGUGUUUAAGGACUUGGCACUUAAUCUGGACUAAAAGACUGUUGGUGUUACUUUUUUUUUUUUUCUUUAAAGCAUUUAAUAAAACAAAAAAAUAAAUAAAUAUA